AUGUCUUUUCCAGAUUCGAUACGCUAUCGAGGCCUGGACAAGCUCCUGGAUCCUGGUCAGAAGGACGCCAUCCUGCGGUUUCUGUCGGCGCUACAGCAGUUCGUCAACAUUAUAACAGAACCAGAAGAGCUCCUGAUCCUAGUGGCCCUUGGGUUCACCGGCUUUGAGCAGGUAGUGCCUUAUAUUGAUCUUGUGAAUAAGGUUAUUAAGUCUGCCCUGCGCUAUUUGCCGAGCGACAAUAACAACCUUGAGAACAACGGCAUGGAGAUCCUGGCUUACAAUGUCAACCAAGUCCCCCUAUCGGCAAACAAAGCAGCACUGCUGUCUAACGUAGCCAAUAUUGACAACGCUCUCUCUAACAGCCUUAUCAUCUACAAGGUAGCACCCUUAUCUGUCUUUCCCUAUGACCAUUCUUAA